ACUUUUUUUCGGGGCAAUGCAGACAUAAAAAAUACAUCGUAACUCGUAAGACGGGCAGAACGGGGGAAACUGAUCAGAAAUGUGAAGUAUUUCAUUGCAUUUUAAUCAAGGUGAUACCAGAAGAUGGCUAAUAAGCUCCAGCAUCAAGUCAGCUUUGCCGAAGAAAUAGAUUUCAGUGAACUGGAAUUUGAAAAGGUUGUGGGCAAAGGCUCAUUUGGAGUGGUCAGUAAAGCCAAAUGGAGGGACAAACAUGUGGCAGUCAAGAUGAUUGAAUCGGAGGAGGAAAUCAAGGCUUUCAGGGUGGAGGUCCUCCAGCUUUCCCGCGUCUGUCACCCCAACAUUGUUACUCUCUACGGAGCCUGUACUGGCAACCCUGUCUGUCUUGUCAUGGAGUACGCGGAGGGUGGGUCUCUGUAUAACAUCUUACACGGCGGUCCACCCCAGGCUAUCUACACAGCAGCCAACGCAAUGAGCUGGGCGUUACAAUGUGCCAAAGGAGUGGCUUACCUUCACUCUAUGAAGCCUAGGGCUCUCAUCCACAGAGAUCUCAAACCAGCCAACCUUCUACUGAUGGCAGGAGGCACAGUACUCAAGAUCUGUGACUUUGGCACGGCCUGUGACAUCCAAACCUACAUGACCAAUAACAAGGGUAGCGCAGCCUGGAUGGCACCGGAAGUAUUUGAAGGGAGUAAUUACAGUGAGAAGUGCGACGUCUUCAGUUGGGGCAUCAUUCUGUGGGAAGUCAUCUCAAGAAGAAAGCCGUUUGAUGAAAUAGGCGGGCCUGCCUUCCGUAUCAUGUGGGCAGUCCAUCAAGGAACAAGACCUCCAAUGAUCCGCUCCACCCCGAAACCCUUAGAGAAACUCAUGACAAGGUGCUGGGCUAAAGAGCCACCUCAUAGGCCAUCAAUGGCAGAAGUGUUCCGAGUCAUGUCUAACCUUAUCAAGUACUUCCGCGGCUAUGACCAGCCACUGCGAUAUGAGACAGCAGACACAGAAACCAACAAGCCGUCCUUUGGGGCAGUUGAGGGUGAGCUACGCACGCAAGACUCGUCAUACUCCACCAGUCAUACAACCAACACAGCAACUAACAGCAGCACGAUACAUGACACCGUCAUCCGAGCAUCGGAGAGAACGGAACUGCCGCAGCAGCAGCAGCAAGAGGGACAGCAGACACCCAUCGUUACCACCCAACUACUCCGACCUGACGUGCCUAGCAGGAGGAGAAGCCCUGAAUACGAGCGCAAGAGAAGGUCAGCGGACAUCCUGGCCUACACAGGUUCAAAUCAAGAUGAAGAUGAAGAAUCCGAAACAAGCACUCCCAAACCUGCUUACCAUGGGUUUGUAUGGCCGAUGUAUAGAACCCUACCAGAGACUACCACCGUUUACACCCAUCGUCGCUCUAAUUCCCACGGAAAGAUUGAAUCUUUCACUGACAUCCCCACCCUCCUCCCCGCCCCUCUCCAACCCGAGCCCAUUUCCCCAAUGGCCACAUCUCAUCCCUCGUCCCCGACGAUCACCGUGUCUUCUGUACCCAAACCGGUCCCCCCUCAGAGGCCCCAUUCCAGCCACCUCCCGCACUCGGUUACUGCCCCCAGUCACCUGAGUGCCUUCGACCCUUGCAAGCAGCGUUCAAACUCGGACAACGGUACGUAUCUCAGUAUAGAAGACCAACUGGCGUUGUCCCGCCUCACCGCAAACAGUGUUUCCACUUCAGUUUUGUCUCAGAUUGGCACUGGUAUGACAUCACAGACCAUGGGCAGAGCAGGGGACCGGCCACUGCGUAGUGUAUCAUUGGAACAGAAACAUUCGGGUACAUUUGAAGAGGAGACAGUCAUACCGAUGGCAUAUAUGACUUUGGACCAUCACCUACAGCCCCUCCUACCAAACACCAACUCACGAGAAUCGCAGGAAAUCUUUGACAAGCAUCGGCAGGCUGCCCAGGAACUAGUCAGAGUUCAGACUGAGGUCGCGCUACUCCAUCAAAGAAAGAAAGAACUUGCAGAUGAAUUGGAUCAGGACUGGAAGGACCAGCAGGCGAGCUUCAGGAUGGUGGAGGAACACAAUGAACUUCUUAGAGAAAAGGAAAGCCUGUGUGAAAUACACAAGGAUCUACGAGCGCAACUGGAUAUCAUCCGAGCACAGGUGCAAAGGAAGCAGAAAAUACACAACAAUAGGAGGAUCUAGUAACAGGUGUUGUGCAUGCCACAGCAGGUGGAAUAUCAUCCAAGCCCAGGUGAAACAACAUCAGACCACAGCUGCAAUGGAAAGAAUAGAUUGAUAACAUGGAAGGUAUUUAACAGGUGUUCUGAAUGUGAACUGAAUUUGACAAUGUGAGGCCACUCUUUGCAAGGGAUCUGUAAACAAAGUAGAAUGUUACGUGACAAUUGUAUAUUCAUUCCUAAGACAUCAGCGAUCUUCUGAUAUUUAAAAAUAUAAAACUUAAAAGUUCAGAAGUGUCUUAGUCAAGCAUAGUUAAGAUCACAAAAAACAGAGGAUGCAUGAAUGAUGAGGCAGAAAACCAUCAAUUACAUGUACUACUUUUUACCCUUUAAUACAUGCAGACACCUCCCCCCCCCCAAAAAAAAAAUUAAAAUAAAUUCACUACCGGUAUCUACCUACACAUGUACCCUAUUAAAAAAUACCAUGUAAUCGGAAGCAGUUUUAUUAUUAUUUUUCUUUUGGCCUAAAGGAAUGCCUUUCUAAAAGUUCAUUCAAAUAGCUUGCCACUUUUGCACCAUAACAUGAUGAUUUCCAUUAUUUUUAUCAAAUAAGAAAUGUACACAGUCAUCUCCUUUGCGCAGGAAUGCAAACUGAAUUUGACAAAGUGAGGGUGCAUCAACAACCUUUUGAUAUUUUUAAAAAAAAUAAAAGUUAGAAAUUGUCUUUUUAGUCGAAGUCCAGUCAAUCAUGGUAAGAUCACAAAAAAUAAAGAGGAUGAACAAUGAUAAAGAAGUGCCUUUAUGAGAGUUCAUGUAAUUAGCUUGCAACAAAUACAAUCGCUUGUGAUUAACUUCUGAUUGGCAUAUGAAGACUUGUCAUGACUUGGUUAUAACUCGACUAAACAAGACAGAGAAACAGUAUCAAUUUCAAUUAUAUUACAGUGACUGUCUUGACUCUGUUAAUAUGUAUGUACAGCUGCAUUCAUUGCGGAUUUGUCAUACAAUAAUGUGAGGCACUCUGGCAGAAUGAAAUGGAAUUGUGCACAGUCCAUAGCAGAGAGAGACAAAACAGGGGGGGGGGAUUUUUUUUGUUGAUUUACAAAUUUGUUGAUAUUUGUAAAAUUUGAUAUAUUUUAGAGAAAAAGUAUGGAACUGUGGAAUUAAGGCAUUUGUUAAAGAAAAAAAUUUAAUUGGCAUUUUUCAUUUUCAUGACUACAAAACUCGAAACUUUAAAGGCCUUUUUGUCAGCAUUUUACUUGUUUGACUUGUCGAUAAAUGCCUUUAACUUUAAUCAGCUGUAACUUGUCAAUGGACUGUCUGUUUGAAGUGCAACAAACAGUAUUUUAUCCGCAAACACUCAGUUCAGUCUCAUUAUGCAAGAACGCCUCACAUACAUGUAUCAGUUUCUUUCUUUUCUUUUCUUCUUAUUAAAAGCUAGCUUGUUUUGUCAUCAAACAGAAUGUUCCUGUAUUGGGCUUUCUAUGAAAUAAUGUAUCAUUUUGUACAUAGCCCCGCCCAAAAGGAAAAUGAUACAUGUAUUUGGAAAUCAUGCACUUAAUCGUUGCUUGAGUCAUCUUUAUAAAUGAUUUUAUACCCAAUAAAAUUGAAAUACAUGUGGAUAAAUUUACUCUUUAA